AUGGCACUGCGCUCCCGUACUCGCGCACAGAACGGCCAGGCCACCGGCGAGGACAAGCUCGCGCAACCCGCAGCCAGCGCCGCCGCCUCGUCGUCCUCCCCCCGCUCGGGCUCGAGCAACCGCGUCGACCGCGGCAGGUGGCGCUCUGGCCUCGAGAUCCCGCGCAAGCUCCUCCACUCGUCCAUCGCGCUCGUCGUCCUGUAUCUCUGGACCUCGCACCAGCACGUCCCGACCUUGCUCAAGGUCCUCGGCUCGGCCACCCUCGUCGUCGGCACCGCCGACCUGCUCCGGUUCCGCUCCACCUGGUUCGAGCACACGUACGAGAACGCCCUCGGCUACUUCAUGCGAGAGUCGGAACGGCAUGCGGUCAACGGAACGAUCUACUACCUCGUCGGCGUCCUGUGGUGCCUGUCGCUCUACCCUCGAGACAUCGCCGUCCUGUCGAUCAUCAUGCUGUCGCUGUGCGACACGUCGGCGUCCGUGUUUGGCCGCCUCUUUGGGCGUUACACGCCUCGCCUCCCGCUCGCCGGCACCGUCUUUGGCGCCAAGAAGUCGCUCGCAGGAACGCUCGCCGCCGUCAUCGUCGGCAUGUGCGCGAGCCACGUCUUCUGGAGCCGGUACGCGGCGCUCGGCGACGAGGGCGACGUGAGCUGGCUCCCGGCGAGGAUGGGCAGCGUGUGGAGGGGCAAGGUCAACGGCGACCCGCUCGCCGCGUGGGGCAUCCACAGGCUCCCGAACCCGCAGAGCUCGCUCGACCUCAACACGCUCGUCAUCGUCAACGGCCUCACGGCAGGUCUCGCCGAGGCCAUCGACUUCUUCGGAUUCGACGACAACCUGAGCCUGCCCGUCUUCUUCGGCUUCUUCUGCUGGGCGUCGAUGUACGUCCUCGGCUAA